AUGAGAUUUCAACAAUUUUUGUGUGUGUUUUUAAUUUUUGUGAUGAGUCUUCUCCUAAUCAACGGACAGAGACCAGCUAAUUUGGCCCUAAGAAGAAAACUGCACAGACAUAACUGUCUUCAGAGGAGAUGUAUGCCUCUCCAUUCCCGAGUCCCGUUCCCCUAA